UUGUCCCCGCCAUACCGCAGUAGUUCCACCGUACCCGACAUUUCACAUAUCGGAGACAACAAUGGACGUGAUCCUCCAGUCGUGUGUCCCCAAGAGGACGCUGGACAAGGUCAUGUUCGUCUACAUGCUGCUGUUGGUCCAUAAUGUCGUGUUUUACCUCUGUUAUAUCGUGCUGCCAUGGCGAAGGGACACCCUCGGGACCAGUGAUCUAACAGUCUACCUGUGUAAGGCGUGGAUCUUGUUUUUGUAUGUGAACAUUAUUGGCGGGAUAUGGAAGGUCAUGCUUGUCUCCACGACAACCAGAGGAGUCAUUCUGCCAUCCACCCUCAAACCAGGUUGGUUUUAUUGCUGCCACUGCGAGACAAACGCUCCACCCAGGUCCUUUCACUGCGGCAUCUGUAACAUCUGUGUGCUCAAGCGUGACCAUCACUGUAUUUACACGGGUCGGUGCAUCGGGUACUAUAACUACCGUUACUACCUGACGCUCCUGAUGUACUGCCUUCUGCUCGCCAUCUUUACGUCCAGCAUCAGUCUAAGUCUAGCCUGGGAAAUGCUGGGGGAAUUCUCGGCGUACAAUUUAGCGGGCUUUGUUUUCCCGCUCGUGAUGUUCGUGGUCGGAGUUUUUGACUUAUACAAGACAUACGUCGUCCUUAUUUCGUUUGUGUGCACGCUGUUUUCGUUGAUGUUGUCGGGUCUGGCUAUCUGGCACACGAAACACGUCCGUCACAACAUGACCGCCCAUGAAAGACUUCAAGGAAACCAGUCGUAUGAUCUCGGACUUACGGAGAACCUCAGACAAAUAUUUGGACAGAAAUGGCGCGUAUCAUGGAUAUCUCCGUUUAUUUCAUCCCCACUUCCGGGAGGUGGACUAGAAUUUCCCACAAAAGAAAGCUACGAGAGUCCGAAGGAUCUAUAGAUAGCACAAACAAAUAGAAGGGUGAACACGUACCCCAUUAUGACGUCAUUUUGGUGGUCAUCGUGAUAAACACGACUACGUGUACAUCGAUAUUCGUUCCAGCUCUCUUUGUAGGUACAGAAGUCGCAAUGGCAGCUUUAGCAUAAAAAUUUAUUUGUCUUUUUUGAAUUUUAUAAAGGAAUUUUUUGUCUCCGUGAGUCGAAUCUGUUUCUUUGUAUCAUCUUUUUAUUUAAAUGAAGGUUAUUUGUAUUGAUUGUC